AUGUUGAAGAAGAGAAAUAGCAACUCGUCCUUGAUCAACAACAACAACAAUAAUAAUAGAGAGAAGGAUGAUCAAAUUGGAUCGGAAGUGGAUGUGGCUCAAUCGCCAAGUGGUGGUCUUUCAAGAAAGACUCUCCAAACGAUCGAGAGAAUGUCGCAAGUCUCAACGAAUCAAUCCCGAUCAUCUUCUUUAUCAUCAUCUCGAAGGAUGAGCUCCUCCGACAACAAUCUGGAGAGUUCCUCUAGCAACAACACAUCAUCCAAUAACUCUCCUCAAGAGGAGGGUUCUUCUUCAUCAUUAAAAUUGAAAAAGCCAAGCACUCCUUCUCGGAAAUCAUCAUACAAUUCUGCAUCAGGCACAAACGACAAGUUGAAUACAUUCAUGAAAUAUUUAGAAGAUGUUGAUAAACAAAGUGUUGUGUCGUACACUUCAGAACUUUCGCAAUCGUCACAACAAACAAAAACAAUGGCUGUUCCUCCUUCACCUUCUCAUUCCUAUAUUUCCACAAAUUCCUCUGCCUCUAAAACAUUAAAUUUGAAUAAUUCAAUGGAUUUUGAUGAUGCAUCUCCACAAAAUUCCAAUCCAACAGCUGUUGCCGCUUCAUUGUACGAUGGCGUUAAAUCCAAGAUGAAUGCCUUAAAGAAUAAGGUCGCCGAAAAGGAUAAGAGAAUUUUGAUGCUUGAAGAAAAAAUUGCCAAGCUGAAAGAGACUGUCAAUAACGCAGAAAAGAUAUUUUCUGCACAAGAGAAACAAAAAUUACAAGAACAGCAAAAAGAGUUUGAAAUAACAUUUGCAAAACAAGUCAAGUUAAUUGAAAAACUUGUGAAAGAAAAAGAAGCUCUCAAUUCCAAGUGUACUGAACUUUGCAAAGAUGCCAAAGUGAUUGACGAAAAAUAUGAAAUGAAAAUCAACCUUUUGCAAGAGAAGUAUGAGGCUGACCUAAAGCGAGCCAAAGAAAAUUGGGAAGCCACUGAAAAAGUGAGACGCACAACAUGGAUGGCAGAGAAGGAAAAGAAAUUGAAAGAGUCACUCGUAAAGGAUAUGGAGCCUGAAAUUCAGAAAAUUUUACUCUCUCACAAACAAGAAAAGGCAAAACUUGAAGACUUUUACCAAAAUGAAAUGAGAAAACAAAAGGUGGAUUUAUUGAAGCAAGCUGAUUUAAGAAUGGAAGAAUUGAAAGAAAAAUUCAAGAGAGAAUUGGACGCUGCCUUAGAGAAGACACGUCAUGAAAAUUAUACCGAAGUCGAACAACAAAAGCUUCGAAGAAACAAAGAGCUUGAAGAAAUUGAAGCACGCUAUAAUCUGCAAGUGAAACAGGAGAGAGAUCGAGCAGAGAAAUUACUCAUGGAAGAACGAAAGCUAUAUCAAGAAAACCUUGAAAAGAUCAAAGCUCGAGAACGAGAACUCGAAGACAAACACAAGGAUGAGGUGGAGAAAAUUCACAAAGACUAUGAAAAGAGGCAGCAAGAAGAUAUCAACACACUUAAGGCCAAAUGGGAAAUUGAGAAGGAACAGUGGCAAAAUAAUUUCAUUCAAAAGUGUCAAACAGAUUUCAAGGAAAAACAAAAGCAGCUUCGUGAAAAGAUGAACACUCAACUCGAGGAACAAGUGAAUGAAAUUACAGCCAAACUUCAGGAUGACUUCUUUGAACAAAAACAAAAACUCCAAAUGGACUAUGAAAAGAGAAUGUCAAAGUUGCGAACAGAAUGCGAUGCAGAAGUGAAUCGUGUGAAAGAUGAAUGCAAUGAGUGGAAGGACAAGUACAUGAAUUCUGUCAAGUCAGUGAGCACUCUUGAAACCAAACUCAAAGAAAAGGAGCAAACGAUCCUAGAGUUCCAAACUCGAAUGGAAGAGCAAGAGAAUACCAUUUCCACACUCAAAAAGAAGAUGAGCAAAAAGGAGGAAGAUCUCUCAUUGACCAUGAAAGACAUUCGUGAAGAGUUGGAAUCCAAGAUGAAACAAUUACAGAAUCAACUCGAGGAUGGACAAGCUGAAAGAACUGCUCUCGAAGAAACCAUUCAACGACUCGAGAAGGAACACAAAGAAGAAAUGGAUUCACUCCUCGAUCAAAAGAAUACAGAAAUGGAAGCUCUCAUGACCAACAUCAAACAAGUCAUUUCCAAGAAGGAUGCCCAAUUGCAAGACCUCUCGGAGAAACUCUCUUUCUCUGAACAGAAGUUACGACAAACUGAAUCUCUUCUUGCCAAGCAACGACAAGAGUUGAUCGAAGACGACGAUGAUGAUUUUGAUUUGUAA